UCACAUGACAUCAUCUACACGCGACACGGCACGGCUUCAUCAGUGUGGUAUGUUGGUUUGACAACACUCUGGUCUGCAUGGAAGAAAUAAGGUAGUAUUUGCAAAUUACGAAUAGUAGUUAGAACACUGGUUGUUUGGAAUAGCGUAGAUACGUUACGAUAUAUUAAAAAUAGUAUUUGCAAAAGCCCAAAACAGGCUAACGGUAACAAGCUAAUUCAGUGUGACAUAAUUCAAAUAAAACACUGUUUUUGCCAAAAUAUUUCCCAGAGGAAACGAAUUUAAGCAGCCAUGACGGCAGAAGCCUCAGACAAGUCAGCCGAGGAGGGCCUGAGCUCGUCGGGCAGUGCUGGGAUUCCUGGCACACGAUUCGACUUGGAGAGAGAGACAGAACUGCGUUUUGAGGUUGAAGCAGGAGAACGAGUCCAACUCGAGCUGUUUUCCGGUAUGGCAGAGGUGUUCGGAUCCGAGCUGAACCGAAAUAAGAAGUACACGUUCGGGCCAGGCUCUAAGAUUGCUGUGUUCACCUGGCAUGGCUGCACUGUGGCACUUUCAGGCAAGACUGAGGUGGCUUAUGUGUCCAAAGAUACACCCAUGAUGCUGUAUCUCAACACCCAUGCAGCUCUAGAGCAGAUGAGACGUCAGGCAGAGAAAGACAAUGAGAGAGGCCCUCGGGUAAUGGUAGUCGGACCAACUGAUGUGGGAAAGACAACGUUGUGUCGAGUGUUGUUGAACUGUGCUGUGCGACUGGGACGAAGACCUACGCUGGUAGAAUUGGAUGUCGGCCAGAGCAGCGUCUCUGUGCCUGGAACUAUGGCAGCUCUGUGCAUUGAGCGUCCUGCUGAUGUAGAAGAAGGCUUCUCUGUACAGGCUCCACUUGUCUUUCACUUUGGCUCCACCACACCAGGAACGAACAUCAAACUUUACAACAAGCUGACUUCAUGCCUUGCUGAAGUGUUUUCCCAGCGCUGCGAAGUGAACCGCAAAGCUAGUGUGGGUGGCUGCAUAAUCAACACAUGUGGCUGGGUCAAAGGUUCAGGCUAUCAGGCACUGGUCCACUGUGCUUCAGCCUUUCAGGUGGAUGUUGUUCUAGUCCUGGACCAGGAGCGUCUCUACAAUGAGCUUAAACGUGACCUGCCACACUUUGUACGUGUCGUCCUUCUGCCAAAAUCUGGUGGCGUGGUGGAGCGUUCCAAGGACUGCCGGCGAGAGUCACGGGACGAAAAGAUCCGGGAAUACUUCUAUGGUUUCCGUGGAACAUCUUUUUACCCUCACGCCUUUGAUGUGCGCUUUUCAGAUGUGCGCAUUUACAAGAUUGGUGCGCCCUCUAUCCCAGACUCCUGUCUCCCCCUGGGUAUGUCUCAGGACGACACCCAGCUCAAACUCGUCCCAGUUAGCCCAGGCAGGGAUUUGACCCACCACGUGCUGAGUGUGAGUUCGGUGGAGGAUGAAACCGAGGUGGGUGCGGAUCAGAGCAGAGGGAUUCUAGAGAGUCCGGUGUGUGGCUUUAUAGUGGUGACAGCGGUGGACACUCAAGCUCAAGUGAUGACGGUACUCUCUCCGGCGCCCAGACCGCUGCCACGACACACUCUGCUCAUCAUGGACAUUCGCUUCAUAGACCUUAAAUAGAAGCAUACAAGUAUUUGUAGCAAUGUUUGGUUUUCAAAGGGCUAAUUUUAAUAUUUUUGUA